UCAUCUUUCUCACUAGGAAAAAUCACACAUUAAAAGAGAAACCACAGUUCACAAUUCACAUUUCACAGAUUCACAUAAAGAAAACGCAGACACACAGUGGCUUAAAGUUUUGCUCUUUGAAAAAUUUUCAGCUCAAGAAUCACUGCAAGCUGUGAUCUUUUCUCACGCACUAGUAUAUUAGAGUUUUACCUAGUUAUAUAGUCGUAACUGUUCAAAUCUUUUUCUUCUCAAAAAAUGGAGAAAAUUACUGCUUUGGUUAACUUUGAGCUCAGAGCUUGUGGGAUAGUGUAGAAUUCUAUCAUCAAAACCAAAGGUUUCUUGUGUUUUUUAUUUAAAAAUUUUCUCUUCCUUUCCCUUCUCUCCUCUCUGAAGAAUGGGUUGCAAGUGCAUGAUAGUUGGGAAUUGGGUUAGAUUGAGAAAAAGAAGUGGUGGGUUGAGAACUAAACAGGCAGGGCGUGCAUCUUGCAGAGGAGCUUAAGCUUUAAGCCUUGUUAAUAUAUCGAGGAAAAAGAAAAUAAAAAAGGGAAAGAAAAUGUUUUCCGUCUGGGAGGACUAAUCAUAAUUAUUUUCCCCUAUCCUCUCUGUUCUGGAUUUGAUCUCCUGAAGUAGUGAAUUUUUCUUGGCACAUCCAAGAUUAUUUUAUAAUUCUUCUGUUCAUUGGUGCAUGUUGUUGUAUACUGAUACUGCUGCAUUUGGUAACUGUUUGCAAUGUGGUAUCUGUAUAAAGAUGUUCUCAAGACCCUUUGUGGAGUCAACCAGUGGGAUUAUGCUGUUUUCUGGAAAAUUGGUUGCCAAAACCCCAAGCUUUUAAUAUGGGAAGAAUGUUAUUAUGCACCCUUACCAUGUAAUGGACUACCAGGGAUUUCCAGAAUUGAGAAUCCAAAAAUCGGUUACAAAGAUUAUAAUGAUUCCUGGGUUUCAACUGAAGAUCACGUUUUACAGCCCAGGGUUCAAGCAUGGAACAAAGUGCAUGUGCUUGUAAACCAGAUGAUGUCGGACAAGCAUGUUAAUAUUGUAGGAGAAGGACUAGCUGGAAGGGCUGCUUUUACUGGUAACCAUCAAUGGAUUUUUUCUGAAAAUUUUACUAAAGAACCCCAUCCACCAGAGGUUCUGAAAGAGCUGUGUCAGCAAUUUUCUGCUGGAAUGCAGACAGUGGCAAUUAUUCCCGUUCUUCCUCAUGGUGUUGUUCAACUUGGUUCACACUUGGCAAUAGUGGAGAAUAUGAGAUUUAUAAAUGAUGUGAAGAACUUGGUACUUCAGAUGGGAUAUGCAGGUGGUGGAUUACUAUCUGAUAAUUAUACAGCAAAAGAACUUUCUUCAGAAACAAGGGUAUCAGAAUGUCAUGUAAAUUUUACUCCUGGAGACAUUUAUCUUGGAUCGAAUACUAUGAACCCUACUCCUUCCACUACUGAAAGUUACAUCUAUGCUGGAAACUCGGCUCAGACUUCUGGAUUUGUCAGUCAAACAUCUUGUUCUUUAGCAAGACAAAUCCAGAAUCAUCUACAGUCAAAUGAUGCUGCAUUUCAAACCUCGAACUUGAAUGGAAAUCAUGUGAAGCUACACGAUAACCAUGAGGAAUCAGAGCUUGUUUCGGCAGUUAAGUUCAACUUUAAUUCCAAAAACCAAUUGGUGCAUGCGGUGACAAAAGCUGAAGUCAUCACCUCAAAUCCUGAAAUAUGGCUGAACCAACAGGGUUCUCUGAAUAUCCCAAGGUCCAUAUUAGUUCAACAACCAUCUUGCAGUUCAUCUACAUUAAAUAAUGGCAAUUUAAGAUGGGCAGAAUGUCAAAUAUUGUCGGGUGAUGGAACUCAAGGCCAUUUUUCCAACCAAAAUGUGUCCACUGGCAUUCUGAUGUCUUCACCGAGAACAAAUUCUGGCCUGAUUUCCAGUUCUACUGAAGAUUCUGGGUCUAUCCCAUCAGUUGAAGUUAAUGGACUUCAUGAAGGUGCAGGUGUCCAUGUGAAAUCAAUACCAGGAAUAAAUUCUGUUCCAGAUACAAUGUAUAGGCCAUCCAAUGGAAAUAUUGCCUCCAUGCAUAAUACCUCACGUGGGCUUCCUAAUGCGAAUUCGUCCAAAAUGGAAGCAUCCUUUUCUGAUAGUUCAUGCUAUUUGACUAUAAAUCACUUCCUAGCUGAUAGCUCCAGUAGCAAACAUUUCUCUACGGAUAACAAAUUUGCAAAGAGCGAGUUGAAAGUAGCCGAGGACAGAUUGGAGAAAAAGAUAAUUCACACAAAUAAUGUUACCAACUCUCAACAUGAAGAGCAUUCGAAUUUGGCUGAGAUCAAUUCUGGCUUUCAAGAUAACAGACAACGUGAAUUUGGACAUGAUGAUUUGCCACCGAAAAAUGCCAAAUAUGAAGACGGAUGUGUCCAACCUCAAUCAGGAGAUGACUUAUUUGAUAUUUUGGGUGUUGAUUUUAAGAACGAACUAUUGCGUAAUUGCUGGAAUGGUAGCUUGAACAGUCAACCAGAUCUGUAUACAAAUAACUUGGCCAAGACUAAUCCUUUAGCUAUAAAAAGCCAGGAUGGUACUUCUGUAAUAUAUCCUAUUAGCAAAGGAAAUUCAGAUAGUGGUAUUUUCUCCGUGACAGGCAGUGACCAUCUCUUAGAUGCUGUGGUCUCCAGGGUUCAUUCUUCAAGCUUGGAUGACAAUGUUUCUUGCAAGACAACAUCCACAUAUCCGAGUGGCUCCUCUGCAAAUAAUGCUUCACUUCCCUCUCGGGGGAUUGUGGUUCCUGAUCAAAUGAAGGAAGAGUUAUUUGGUAUUCCAAAAUUUAUGGUAAAAUCGGAAACAUCGAAUUCUUGCUCAUUUAGGUCUGGAUGUUCCAAGGUUGAUCCAGGAACCCUUUCGCAAUGUAGCUCCAUCUACGGAUCACAAAUAAAUUCGUGGAUUGAAAAGGGCUGUGAGAUGAAACAAAGUAGCAGUGUGUCUACUGGAUACUCUCAAAAGCCUGAUGAAACGAGCAAAACAACUCGCAAGAGGCUUAAACCAGGAGAAAAUCCAAGACCCAGACCAAAAGAUCGCCAAAUGAUCCAAGAUCGUGUCAAGGAAUUAAGGGAAAUUGUGCCAAAUGGGGCUAAGUGUAGCAUUGAUGCUCUUCUUGAACGCACUAUCAAGCAUAUGCUUUUCUUGCAAAGUGUCACAAAGCAUGCUGAAAUGCUAAAACAAACAGGAGAAUCAAAGAUUGUUAACAAGGAUGGCGGAGUACUUUUAAGAGAUAAACUCGAAGGAGGAGCUACAUGGGCUUAUGAAGUUGGUUCACAAUCUAUGAUCCGCCCUAUAAUAGUUGAGGAUCUAAAUCAGCCUCGUCAAAUGCUUGUGGAGAUGCUCUGUGAAGAACGAGGUUUGUUUCUGGAAAUAGCUGAUUUGAUUAGAGGAAUGGGGCUAACCAUUCUGAAGGGGAUUAUGGAAAAUCGGAAUGACAAUAUCUGGGCACGCUUUGUUGUAGAGGCAACCAGGGAUGUCACGAGAAUGGAAAUCUUUAUAUCACUUGUUCGACUUUUGGAGCAAACUGCAAAGAACAGUGUUGCACCUUCCAAGGGCAUUAACAAGAGCACAAUGGUUCAACAAUUUCAUCAAGUUGCCUCCAUUCCCGUUACUGGUAGAUCCUUAGUUUCCAGUGAUCCAUUUAAUAUUUAAAUUUUGGAUCUGGAUAUGUUAUGAGCGAGCAAAGGUUAUGCUCACGAUGAUAACAUUCGUCCAGAAUAAUCUUAGGUCCGACAGCAACUGACAACUUUUGACGUUCAUGAGCUGAAAUUGUCAACAUUGUUUUGGAGCGUGGAAGAAACUUAGAAGACAGAUUACUGCAUACUAGAAAUUGAUGGAUUAGCAGAUGUGACUUCUAAACGUUGUAGCCUCUUUUUAUUCAUUUGAUCUUCCAUUUGCAAUGAUUUCUUGGUGUGUUAAUGUACAGUAAAGAUUGGAGGAUAUGUUGUAUUAUAUAUAUUUGUAUGGACUGCAUCUUGAUAUUCAUCUCUUUAAAUUCCUGUUA